UUGGUGGAGGGGUGGGUAUGGGGAGAGGUCAAUCCUUAUUGGGUAUGGGGAGGGAAGACUGAAGUGGUAAUGUUGAAAUAGUGUGCAAAGGGAGGUGGGAAAAUGUCAUGCUCGCUACGGUGACUGAGCGUAAUCUGGAUCUCGACAAUAUGUUGAAAUAGUGCGUAAAGGGAGAAUGUUCAUCCUGAAUAUGUCAUGCUCGCAAAGGGAGGCCAGAGUGCUUGCCAAAGAUCCAUGUUCAUGGAUCUUUCCAAAAAAAAAUAUGACGCGCAUGCUCACAAAGGAAUCACUGAUGUUGGAAUAAGGCAGAAUGUCGUGGCGCGUGCAGAAUGAAAAAACACUCGGUCUCCCCUGCAAGGAGAAAAUAUGAGGCGCUUGCUCACAAAGGAAUCACAGAUGUUGGAAUAAGGCAGAAUGUCGUGGUGCGUGCAGAAUAAAAAAACACUCGGUAUCCCCUGCAAGAAAAAAUAUGACUCGCUUGCUCACAAAGGAAUCACAGAUGUUGGAAUAAGGUAGAAUGUCGCAGCGUGUGCAAAGGGAGAAUGAAAAAGCAUUGAGUCACCCGUGCAAGGACAAAAUAUGACGCGCAUGCUCACAAAGGAAUCACAGAUGUUGGAAUAAGGCAGAAUGUCGCAGCGUGCAAAGGGAGAAUAAAAAAAACACUCGGUAUCCCCUGCAAGAAAAAAUAUGACGCGCUUGCUCGCUAAAGGAAAAAAAGUGUGUGGACUGCUGCAGUGUGAAAAAAUUGACUCUACUCUGUAGAACAAAAAUAAUUUUAAGAAAUGAAAAGAGCGUCUGUUAUUUUUUAUGCUCUUUAUUUAGUUGAAAGUCUUACAAUGUCACAUAUCGUAUCAGGCUGUGAAAUAGUGCUAUUGUUGUAUUGGUUUUUUGACACAAACAAUUUCGUUGAAUUCACGUCUAAGCCCGGAUGACUUUUGUGUGGAGGGAAUUUCAUGAAAUAUUGUGAAGGUCUGGGUGUAUUGACAUAUCACAAAAGCAAAUGUAUAUAUAUACACGCUCAACAAAUUUCACAAGAAGACUAACAUGAGAGAAAACAGUCUUUUCAAAAAUAAAAACGCCUAUUGCAUCAUCUCACAACUAUUGUUGAACGAAUUUCACAAGAAGGUUAAAAUGAAAGAAACAGUAGGGGGCCUUUCAAAGGAAAGGUUAGGGUGAAUGAGCAUUGCAUGUUGAAAAGUUUCACAAGAAUAUUAGAAUGAAAGAAACAGUAGGUGUUCUUUCGCAGGGAAGGUCAGGGUGAAUUGAUAUAUACCAUUAUAUGCUGAACAAAUUUCACAAGAAUAUUAGAAUGAAAGAAACAGUAGGGAGUCUUUCAAGAUGAAAUAAAACAUACCUCGGUUCAUCAAUUAGAAAGUUGUCACGAGGGUGCGACCUCCAAGAGAUUAGAAAUGCGACUGUUGUCUAGAGAUCAGGGUGUAUUAACAUAUCACAAUUACUAUUGUAUGUUGAACGAAUUUCACAAGAAGAUUAAAAUUAAUAAAAGAAACAGUAGGUGGUCUUUCAAAGGGCAGGUCAGGGUGAAUUGAUAUAUACCAUUAUAUGCUGAACAAAUUUCACAAGAAUAUUAGAAUGAAAGAAACAGUAGGGAGUCUUUCAAGAUGAAAUAAAACAUACCUCGGUUCAUCAAUUAGAAAGUUGUCACGAGGGUGCGACCUCCAAGAGAUUAGAAAUGCGACUGUUGUCUAGAGAUCAGGGUGUAUUAACAUAUCACAAUUACUAUUGUAUGUUGAACGAAUUUCACAAGAAGAUUAAAAUUAAUAAAAGAAACAGUAGGUGGUCUUUCAAAGGGCAGGUCAGGGUGAAUCGAUAUAUCACAUUGUAUGCUGAACAAAUUUCACAAGAAUAUUAGAAUGAAAGAAACAGUAGGUAGUCUUUCAAAGGUGAAAUAAAACAUAUAUUACCUCGGCUCAAAUAUCUGCUGGAUAGUCAGAGAAAGAUGAAGACGUUUCACAACGGCAGGCCUUUACUUCGUCCCGAUACGAUGUCUGAUCGUGGCGGUGUGCAGCCCUUAACAGAGACUCAGCUUGCUGUUAAGUCAAUCUAUGUUGAGAGUCUUCCACCAGUAAUUGAUUUUGAUUGCGCUGGAUAUGCAAUCCUUGAAAACAUCCCAGAAGAAGCUCUCCAAGCUUUGUCACAAGUUGAAAACUCUAACUCUGAUGAUGUGCAGCAAAAUGUGAGUACUAUAUAUAUAUACAAUCUUCAAUAUUAUAUUUCUGAAAAUCUAUGAUACAAACUCAAGAGUAGUUAAAAUAUUUCAUGAUCAAGAUAAAAAUCUACACACCCAAACUAUUUUUUCUGUUUGGUAUUGCAACCUUUCAUUUAAUACCAAAAAAAAAUAAGAUCAAACUUUUUUUCUUAACACCUGUCAUGUAAACUUUAUUUCUAAGUAACAAAAACGUCUUGAAUAACUAAAAAAACUUUGUUGCAACGAGUCAAAUAAUUUAGAUUAUGAUGCCCUCAACGUUUAUUUAGUCGAUGAGGCUUCUAAGUUAGCUCGGAUCACGUCAGAGUUGUUAGCGGAGGUGAAUGUAAAUUGUCGCAGUGCCUCAGUUCCCUACACUGAAGAGGCACUACCUACGGAGAACGUGCAGCCGAUGGAUCUAGGCGGGGUGCCACUCCUUCAAGAAGCGCCACAGCACAAUUCUUCCGUCAAUACGCAAGACGAAUAUGCAGGCAGGAGUUUAAAUGAAGAAUCCCUUGGUACAAUGCGAGUACCUUUACAAGAGAUAAUUCUAAACGAAGCCAACCAAGAUCCAAAACUUCAAGCUGAAAUACCACGCAGUAUAAGAGACCGUAUACGAGACCUGCACGCCCAAAUGCAAAAACAUGAUGUUGAGGGUAAAAAUCAUCUUAACGAAAUUGAUAAAAAACGAAAAGACCAAGAUGCGACUAUCACCCGCAAUCAUCAAAUCGUGAAGAGUAUUCAGGCUGCAUGUUCAGCUGUUGCAGAAAAAUUGAAGAAGGAGCAAGAGCAGUUGAAGGAGAAAGAGGAGAGAAAAAAACAGAGUGACAACGCUGAAGAUGUGCUUAAACAAUUACUGGCGGAGGAAAAAAAUAUUGAUAAGAAUAUAGAAGACAAUAGGAAUAUAAUAUCAAGCUACAAAAAAUUCAACGACCAGUGUUGUCAACAGAGGGUGAAGCAGUAUCAAGAUGAAAUCAAGAGUAAAAAAGAAAAACUCAAAGAAAUGAAAGAAAAUAAAUCUUAUGUUGAUGACCUCAACCAAUCGUUAAAUGAAAAUGAUGAUCAAUAUAAGAAGUUAAAGGAUCUUGCAAUCGCCGAGCAAAAAGAAGUUAAAAAACGUAUGAAAAAUCAGCUGGAAGCCCUGACAAAAGAGCUCAACACGGCGAAUAAACCAAAAAAGAGGCUGGUGUCGAUUUUAUCAUUGAGUCAUCCGAUACAUAAUAAGAGGGCAAAGCUAACUGAAGAUUCUACUGGAGACCUUGCGGUGCCAUCAACGUCACGGGCUCACGACAGCGUUUAUAUGGGAUCUCUUCAACCUAGUGUGACAGACAAAAAUCCAACACAAAAAGAUGUGCCAGAGGCAACUAGUACAACCGCAGACGAAAACAUUCCGAAGAAAAUAAAAAAGAGAAUCGAGGCUCAAUCAUAUAAGGAACAGAUAGAACACCUCGGAAUUUUAACAUCAAUCAACGCUGCUAUCAUGAAGAAAGCCGGGCUCGACGCUGAUGGUAGAAAAUUCAGGCAGCUUAACACAAACGUAAAUGCCAUUAAGGUAGUCAGAAAGGCGGAAACUGACGUCUUGAGAGCAACCAUGACUGCCCUUCAAAAGCAAGACGGGAUUAAGGGAAAAGAUCUCAAACCGGCUGCCAAUAAAUUUCUAGAGAACCUAGAAAUAAAACCUCGUAAAGGAUUUGAAGAAGUUGAUGAGUGCGUUAACACGUUUGCUAUGAAACUUGCCGCAACUCACAAAAACAUUUGCUCGUUAUUCCGUGAUGUGGCCCAUAAACUGAAGAACAAACUGGACAAUGAUGUAUUUGAAGAGUUUUCAGAGUAUUGCAAGCAGGACACGAAAAACCAGCCUGGGGAAGCUUCAGCACCUAAUCAGGUAAAGAAGAAAAAAAAACUUUUUAAUAAAUAGUGGUACUGGAAAAAUCACUCAUGGCUCAUCAACCAUAUUUCCUUGUGUAGAAAAUAAAUGAAAUAAAAAAUA